AUGUGCGCCGGCGGCCUCAACAAUUACAUGAUGUACACGGGCUCCCAGGGCAUCUACACGCACACCGUGUCCUACGAGAAGGACGACGCGUGCCCCGUCUGCAGCGCAGGGGUGCUGCUGCACGCGCCCGCAGACGCCACCCUGCAGCAGGUGUCCGUCUGGGUGAUUGACCUCAUCCUGAGCCACCCCCAGCUGGGCCGCCUGGUGGCCCACCCCUCUGUCAGCUACGGCGCCACCCCCCUCUACAUGCGCGGCGUGCUCGAGGAGGACACCCGCCCAAACCUGUCAAAGCGCGCCGCCGAGCUGCUCGCAGCGGCCGGCGCUGACGUCAGCGAAGGGGGCCAGGCGGUGCAGCUGACGGUCAACGACAAGAAGCUGUCGGCGCCGCUGAGGGUGCGGCUUCGGCUCAGCGGCGGCGGCGCGGGCGGCGGCGGCGGCGAGCAGUGA